AUGAGUACUUUACAAAGUUUUCGAAAAGAACAACCAAAAUUUGUGAUACCUAUUAGACGUCACAGUGACUCUAGCUUAAAUAAUUUUAAAAAAUUAUUUAUGGAAAACACGAAUGAAUUUUGUAAUAACACAACUUUACAUGGCCUGAAGUAUGUUGCAGACAAGCAAUUGCAUCCAAUUGAAAGAAUAUUCUUCACGCUUUCAUUUAUUGCAGUUGUAGUCGUCUCAAUGUUUUUUAUAUCUAGUGCUUACUCAAAAUGGCGCUCAACUCCGGUAAUAUUAUCACUUAAUCCAGAACCAACAAGUAUUACAGAGGAUCCUUUUCCUGCUGUUACUAUUUGUAAUCUGAAUCAAGCACUAAAGAGUAAAGCCAAAAGUUAUAAGAAGAACACUACUGAAUAUGAAAUAUUAAAGAUAAUUUGUGGACAUAAGUCAUCGGUUAAAAAUGCUUCAGUGCCAAUAAACGAUUGGAAAAAAUUGGAUCAAGUUAUAAUUGAUGUAUCACAACCAUGUUCUAGACUAUUAAUAUCAUGUCGAUUUGGAGCUAUAAAUUAUGAUUGUAAAACUAUUUUCCGUCCAAUAGUCACAGAUGCUGGUCUUUGUUGUGUUUUUAAUAUGGUGCAUCCGGAAUUUAUGUAUAUACCAGAUGUAAAUAACAUUGAAAACAUUUCAUAUACUGAUGGUUCUACACCAGUAGAUUGGGAUCCCGAACAUGGAUAUCCAAAAAAUUUACCACCACAAUAUUAUCCAAGAACAGCCGUCGGUACUGGAGAAAAUCUUGGUUUCACUGUGAUGCUAAAUCUAGAACCAGAUGAAUAUUAUUGCUCAUCUUCUAAUGGUAUGGGUUUUAAGAUAUUUUUACAUAGUCCCACCGAAACUCCACAUGUUAAAGAGGUUGGACUCUUUUUAGCAGCCGGAAUGGAAAGUAAAUUGCGUAUACAUGCAGAAAAAUUUGAAACUGAUCUAAAAUUAAGAUCAAUGCGUAAGGACUAUCGUAAGUGUUUAUUCGACACUGAAGGAGAUUUGGUAUAUUUUUCUUAUUACACUAAACGAAAUUGUGAAAUGGAAUGUCUAACAAAUAUGAUAAUGAAACAUUGUGGUUGUGUAACAUAUUAUAUGCCCAGAAUGUACAAAUAUAGUAAAGUGUGUAGUGUUAAAGAUGAGGAAUGUGUGGAAAAAUAUCGUCGCUUGUCGAUGAUGCCUGACGAUCAAUUAUACGAUUGUCAUGAUUUAUGUUGGCCAAGUUGUUUUGAUUUAACAUUUGAUCCAUAUCUCUUUAGUAUACCAAUAUCGCAUCAUGGCUUUACGGUAGAUCAUCCGCUUAUCGACAAUAUGUCUAGUGAAUAUGCUUCGAAUAAUAUAGCGAUUGCACAUAUGUUUUUUAAGGAGACAACGUACAGAAGCAGCAGACAAACUGAAUUCAUUGGCACGACUGAUUUUUUAUCAAGUACAGGUGGUUUGAUGGGCUUAUUUGUUGGUUUCAGCUUUAUAUCAUUAGCUGAAUUCAUUUAUUAUGCUUUAAUCCGACCCUACUAUAAUAUGCGUAGACGUAGGCUUGCUAAAAUAUUAAAGAAUAAAAGUACGACGAAAAACAGUAAUUUGGCUUCUCAAAGGCACUCAUUUACUCAACAGCUAUAUAAUCGGUUCAAUGGGCAUUUCGGUGAUUAUUUGACAAAGUCUGAAACUAAAAAUAUGAACAAAAUUAUUGUAACUCCGAAUAGCGCAGACAAAAUAAACUUUCCUAUACGCGGAGACGAAUAUUAUAUCCUUGAUGUCAACAAGUGGAUGGCCAGGAAAUCUCACACAAGCAUGAAACCCUUGGACAAUUAUUUUAAUUGA